GUUUAACGCUUGAGGCCAAUGCCACUUGCCCAGUAUUGGCAAUGAACUAAAGAAUAUUUGUAUGCAGUUGAAUCGUUGUAUACUUAAAUAAAACAAAUUAUAAAAAAUUAUUUUUAAAUCGAAAACAUGAAUUUGACGAUAACUAAUGUUUUAGGUUUUUUGCUAUUAUUACUUAUGUGUGAUUUGUCGUAUACAAUAAAUUGGUUGUACUUUUCUUGGUUAAACGAUUCAAAAAUCGAGCCGAACAUUAUGACCCAUGGAGUCAUGUACAACAAAACAUUUCUUGACAUAGUACAUCAGCUUAAAACUAUGGAUGAAAAUAAAUUGACUUUGUCAGCUAAAGAAAUUCAGCUGAUGACUACCAGGUACAGUUCUUCUAGUAGUGAUAUGGUAGAAAUGAAAGAAUCAGUGUUGAUCAAAUAUAAAAAAAAAGUACAAAGCCUCCAAUGUACAUUCGGGGUAAUUAUUAAGUACUUGUUGGUGCAUUUCAAAAAUGUAAUAAUAAAACUUAAAAAUCCGUUAAAUUUUGAUUAUGAGAAAUAUAUUUACUACCAAUACGCAGAUUACACUGCCAUGAUGUUUUCGAUAUUAUUUAUGAGCCGAACCGUUCCUCACUCUUGGCUGUGGAUCUUUCACACCAAACUCGUUGCGGCUAUCGAUUGGCAGAACCACAAGAAAUUGAUACCUGAUGCUUUUUUCAAUGACUAUCUAUUAAACAUAGAAUUAUCGAAUUUUCUCAAGGCCUGUGAACGAGAUAGUUACCUGUCCGUGAGCUUAAACGAAAAUCCUACUCACGUCAACGCCAAAAUGGACCUUAAUACACUCACCGAAAAUAUCAUAUAUCCCCUGUUCAACGGUUUUGAUUUGUGGAGGAUCUACGAAUUCCAACAUUCUUUUAACGUGGAAAACAUGUUGUUGACUGCAUUACACCCGGAAAACGUGAUCUUCGAGGUCAUGCAUGGUAUACAAAUCGACUGGAGUGGAACGCAACAACGGCUGUCAUACUUGAAGAACAAAUGCUUAGAAAAUUACAAAACUCACAAUUGGAUAAAUGAGCCGUUUGCGUGCAAUGCGUAUCACGAGAUGAUCAUGUUGAUUUUAAAAGCAAGACUUUUGUGCUAUACUUGGGUGCAUUUAUAUAUUUAUCACACUAUAGGUACGUCAGUUGUAUCUGAAGCGCGAAACUUGUAUCACGUAAAGCAGAAUAUGUUGGAGAAAGCCAUUAUACAAUUUUAUCCCGUUUACAUACAAAUGGUUGACUACAUAGACGCAGAAGACAAUAUUUUUUGGGAAAUUUCGAGACUCUUGAGUUCCAAUUCCUGGUUGGAUUACAAACAACUACAGUUAGUCAUGUUUACGGUUUUAGAUGUCAUAAUCACUAGUUUAAUAACGCUGAGCGUAAACAAUGUACAUGAAAAUAUAACAAAUAAUUCAUUCAUUACUACACACAAAAAAUUAAUCAAUACAACGUUAAUGGAAGAAAAUACAUUAGAGCUCCAAAAAUUCCUAAGUAAUAUUCAAGAUCACGUCAAACCUUUAGAUAUUCACUUCAUUAACUUUUAUCGCAAGGGCAAUAUCUCAUUUUCGUCGUCGUUUUAUCACAAUGAAGAUCAUGACGUAUGAACACUAGUCUUACAUUUAAUGCUGAACUAUACUAACUUUCUUAUAUUUUUAAUUUUAAUUCAUGGUUUUAUUGAAUUAAUAUAAAUUAUAAUACACAUACAUGUUA